UCCAAUCACAAGCGUGGGUCUUGAUAUGUCAACGUCCGGGUUCUUUUCAGCAGGAAGAGUCGCCGCAUCAUAAUUUCUGUCACUGUAAAUGGAUCCAUAAAUGUACUUUUAUAUUGACUUUACAUUUUAAAAACAACAACCCCUGAGUCGUGACGUCACCUGUCACCUGAGAGGUAGAUGACAGCUCCAGGUGAGGCGUGAGUCCGACGGUGGAGAAGCUAACUGCUAACGUUAGCCCGCAGAGAGUUGCUUCGUGUAUGGGUGACUGAAGAGCAGCCAUGAGCGCGGAGCCGGACGCCCUGGCCGUGGUCAACCAGCUGCGGGACCUGGCCGCCGACCCCAUGAACCGCAGGGCCAUCGUCCAGGACCAGGGCUGCCUGCCAGGACUCAUCCUGUUCCUGGAUAACCCCAACCCUCAGGUCGUGUACUCCGCCCUCCUGGCGAUCCGUUACUUGGCAGAAUGCCGAGCCAACCGGGAGAAGCUGAAGGGGGAGCUGGGGAUGAUGCUGAGCCUCCAGAACGUCGUGCAGAAGUCGACGACUCCCGGGGAGACGAAGCUGCUGGCGUCUGAGAUCUACGAGCUCCUUCAGGCGUCGGGCAGCUCCGACUCUGAGACAGCCGAGGAGACGGUCAGCAGCCGGCGUAAAGCCCAGUUCUUCCUGGGCUCGAGCAACAAGAGAGCCAAGACGGUCGUCCUCCACAUCGACGGGCUGGACGACUCGAGUCGGAGGAGUCUUUGCGAGGAGGCUCUGCUGAAGAUCAGAGGAGUCAUCAGCUUCACCUUCCAGAUGACCGUCAAGAGAUGCAUCGUCCGGAUCCGCUCUGACCUGAAGGCCGAGGCUCUGGCGUCUGCGAUCGCGUCCACUGUGGUGAUGACGGCUCAGCAGGUGGUGAAAGGAGAGAACGGAGACGAGGUUUUGAUCCCGUUUGCGGAGGACGGCUCGGUGGCGGUGGAGCAGAACGUGAACCUGCCGGACUACCUCCCCGAGGACGAGAGUCCGUCUCAGGAGCCCGACAAGGCGGUGACCCGGGUGGGAUCCGGUCAGGACGGGGCCGGCUGGCUCGGCACCGCCACCAACUUCCUGUCCCGCUCCUUCUACUGGUGAUCCUGCAGGCCCCGCCCCCCCAUCUGUUACACCUCCCGCCUCCUCUCAGAACCAAAAUCUACCAGCUGCCAAAUGUCAGCUGUGUGUGUCGGCGGCAGAGACGGACACUGAGACAAACUGCAGUCAGAGACGAGCCGACCCCCCAGGACCGUGGAUUCUGUCUAAAGUCUCCGUGUGAACACGACCCCCCCUCUGUUACCAAAAUGUCUUAAGAGCAGCAACAUGAACAAACCGAGGACCGAGCAGGACCAACCUUCUUCUUUAUUUAUUAUUAACCACCAGACUGAGUGAAGUUCAGUCAGCUGUGCCUUCACCUCCUCGUCAUCUAUCACUUUAAAGAAAGAUCCAAAACUCUGACAGAUCUCAGCAGAGCGAGGCGUCGAGUAACAUCAUGUCUGAUUCAGUGUUGGGCAGUAAUAAUAUUCCAGUUACUCACACAAACCUUACUGUUGUUGUUAUUACAUCUGAUUUAAAAUACAACAAACCCCAGAUUGAUUUCGUCACGUCAGCCAGGCAGGACGUCAGCGAGCAUCAUGGUUACCAGGUUUAAAGUUUUCCUGUGGGGCUUCUUUUUAGGAGGUUGACUCUUUUUAGGUCGUUUUUUUUUUUUGGGCCAUUGGGCUUUUUUUGUCAGUUGUUGUCACAUACCUGGCAACCCUGGUUAGCAUGGAAGAUGGAAGCGCUCAUGUUUACAUUCAGCGGCCGGAAAUAUUCACACUACUUUAGUUAUCUUGAGAGGACAGAUGAAGAGAACAUUGUUGUCAAAUGUAGAUUUUGUCCCGGUACUCGGUCUCUUUCUACUACAAAAAACACGACCUCAAACCUCCUUAAGCACUUACAACAGCAACACAACAACACAACAACAACAACACAACAACAACAACGUGAAGCUUGUGUAAAUAAACCCCACCAACGAGCCCUCUGCGGCCGCAGACGAUAGCUGUAGCUCUACAAAACAACCAAGACUGGAUUUUAACAGUGGACAGCUACAAGCGAAAAAGAACUAAUGAAACGAAAAGUAACAUAAGGAGUAAUGUAACAUGU